CCCCCGCCCCGCUCACACUCUCCGCCGAUCGCUCGAUCUCCAGCUCCCUCUAUCCCGGCUCGAUCGAUUGACGUCGCUAGCCGUGUAAUUCUUCAAUGGACAACUCGCAAGAGGAAGUGGAUCGUGGUCGUCACAUGUCGAUGCAGCCGGAGGACGAGCUGCCGCCGGUUCAACAGUUCCAAUAUCUACAGUCGCCGCCGAUGGCCGCGCUGAUGGAGCAGCUGCAGGCGUCGUCGGCGUGUGACUCUACGGCGGCUCUGGGCGCCGCAGCGGCGGGGAUACCGGAGCUGGUGGACUGGGCGUCCCUGCUUCUGCCGCUGGGGUCGGCGGCGGCCGGGACAUCGUCGCAAUCGCAGCAGCAACAGGUGGAGGCCGCGGCGGGUGUGGGCGUGGGCGGAUCGGAGGCGGAGACGAUGGUGAUGAGCGGCGGCGGCGGGGAUGAGCUGCAGGGGAUCAAAGGGAACAACGGCGCUGCUGGCGGUAGUGGGCGUGGGAAGGGGGGCAGGAAGGGGAAGGAGAAGGCGAGCCGGCCGCGGUUCGCGUUCCAGACGAGGAGCGAGAACGACGUGCUCGACGACGGCUACCGCUGGAGGAAGUACGGCCAGAAGGCCGUCAAGAACAGCGCCUUCCCAAGGAGCUACUACCGGUGCACGCACCACACUUGCAACGUGAAGAAGCAGGUGCAGCGGCUGGCCAAGGACACGGCCGUGGUGGUGACCACGUACGAGGGCGUCCACAACCACCCUUGCGAGAAGCUCAUGGAAGCCCUCAGCCCCAUCCUCCGGCAGCUCCAGUUCCUCUCGCAGCUCUGACCAAUCAAAAUCCUGCAUAACUCACGAAAUUGUAUACCUACUACGUACGUACAGGCCAACUCAGAUCGGGAAGAGAAGGAAAAAAAACUUGUCCUACCUCCCAAAUUACCAUACAGAAGCUGAUCUAUAUAUAUGUAUACACUACAUGUACUUACUUUUUGACUCCGUGGAACUAGAUCGACGACAUGUUGGGGGCAUCUGGAAACGUAUGCAGAUAUAGUCGUCCUUGUAAUUUAGACGUGCAAAUUAAUCUCACAUACAUGUAUCAUAUACUUACGCUAUACUGUACCACAUGUGUAAAAGAAUGGUAAAAAAUAAUCGUUCAUGUA